AAGUUAAAAUAAAAAAUUACGUAACAUCCGCUUUCAUCAUCACUUCGCGACCUCACACCAGACCGCAAGUGAAGCCAUUUUUGGCCGUUGGAAUGGCACCAUUACCGAUAAAGCGAAAGGAAGAUGAAAAGAAAAACAGGGAAAAAGAAAAAAUAAAGGAAGGAGACAAGGAAAGGGGUCGCGACAAAGCAAAGAAACGCCGCAGUGCUUCAUCAGGCAGCAGCAGCAGAUCUAGCUCAUCCUCCAGCAGCAGCUCUGGUUCUAGCUCUGGUUCUUCAAGUGGUUCCAGCUCCUCUUCCAGUCGCUCCGGAUCCUCUAGCUCUCGGUCUUCCUCCUCCUCCAGCUCUUCGGCCUCUCCAAGUCCCAGCCGCAGACGCCAUGACAACCGACGCCGUUCACGAUCUCCUUCUAAAACACAGAAGAGAGGAGAAGAAAGAGAACGAAGAAAAAGAAGUCCCACCCCUAAACCCACAAAGGUUCACUUGGGAAGGCUGACCAGGAAUGUAACCAAGGAACACAUCCAGGAGAUUUUCUCUACAUAUGGAAAAAUUAAAGCGGUUGACAUGCCGGUGGAAAGGCUCUUCCCAAACCUGACCAAAGGCUUUGCUUACGUGGAGUUUGAGACCCCUGAAGAAGCCCAGAAAGCUCUUAAACACAUGGAUGGAGGUCAGAUUGACGGGCAGGAAAUCACUGCAGCUGCUGUGCUGACUCAGCUGAUCCGUGGUCCUCCACGUAGACUGUCUCCUCCUCGAAGAAUGCCGCCACCUCCACCGAUGUGGCGCCGCAGCCCACCACGCAUGAGAAGAAGAUCACGCUCCCCAAGGAGGCGCUCGCCACCACGUCGCCGCUCUCGCUCUAGGUCUCCUGGCCGCAGGCGCCAUCGCUCUCGUUCAAGCUCAAAUUCCUCCAGAUAGAAAGUUGUCUUUACUCUAAAUACUCGCCGCAGAUCAGCUGCAGUUUUCGCAUUUCCUGGCUCCUCGGACACAAAGGAUCUAUAUAAAUUGCAGUAAAUUUAGCUGAGUUCGUAGUGACAAGGAGACGAGAAAAAUUCUUUCUUUUUUUUUAAAUUUUGUGCUGAAAAUUGACUGUAGUUUUUAUGUUAUGUCUGAUGACAUCUAACAAGAUUUUGUGAUUCCUUCAUUCGAGUUGAUUUUUUUUUUUGAAGAAUUUUGAGAAUAAAACCUAUGAAACAUCUUGA